AUGGCACUAAUUGGGAAACCACUUUAUGGGACUAAUGGGGAACUCAUUCAUGAUGGGAAAUAUGGAAUAUUCCCUUUUACAGUUCAAGAGAGGGCUAAGAAAUCAAGUAAAAACAGAGCAGUAGGAACAAUGGUCACAAAGGCACUCCAAAAUGUAAACAGAGAAGUCAUUAGAGAAAUGUUGCUCAACAAAGUUAUACCAGCUAUAAUUUCUAAGUGGCCUGAAAGUCAGCCUAAGAAUGUAAUUAUUCAGUGGGAUAAUGCAAGACCACAUCAAAUACCUACAGAUGAUGAGUUUAUUGCAGCAACAACAUCAAAUGGAUUCAACAUACAUUUUGUCUUCCAGCCAGCACAAUCACCAGAUUUAAAUGUGUUGGAUUUAGGAUUGUUUAGGUCUAUUCAAUCUUUACAGUACCAGUCCUUUCCCAAAAAUGUAGAUGAACUUGUUGAGAAAGUUAUUGAGUCAUAUAACACCUUCAAACCAGAAGUGAACAAGUACAUUUGGGUCACUUUACAGAGAUGCAUGAUCAAGAUACUGAAAGCAGAAGGAGGUAACAAGUACAAAAUCCCACACAUGAACAAGAAAAAGCUAGAAAAUCUGGGAACUCUGCCAAAUGUUGUGCAUGUUCAGGAGGAAGUAGUAACAGAGGCUGUGGAGUAUCUAAACACAAUGUUUAGGCCAGCAUCUCAAGGUAAUCAUGAUGCAGAGGAGGACAUGGAGGUGGAUGCAGACUAA